UGUUCCCUUGCUAGUAGCUAUAGAUCCCCCUUUCCUCCAUCUUGCUACCUAUAAUUAUUACGCCUCUGAUUAUUUUAAAGGUAUAGUAUCAUUUCCUUCCGACGCCCAAAGUUGGAAGCAUUCAUCCUCUUAUCUAUUUAUUAUACAUCGAAUUGAUCUUGUUCCACUGAAUCUAUUUUAUUUAGAUGAACACAUAUACUCUUAAAACUUGAUUACUUUUCAACCUUAUCUAUCUGUCUUUCUAGGAAGAAUUUUAUAAUAAUUAAUUUUGUGAGAACCAAAUAUAUGUAGCCUUAUACUUCAAUCAGCAGGUUGGGUAUGCUUUGAUGAAAUCUGAUCUGGUGGCUCGAGCUCUUAGCUAGCUAGCUUCAAAUCACAAUGAAUGCCUGGAAGAAGAUUACCUGCCUAUUCCUGGUUUUUGUGAUAUGCAUGCUGGUUUCACUCUUUGCUGGGUAAUAAUUCAUGAGAGUUUUGAACCCAAAAGACAGUUGACGAAUGAUAAUGCAGUUUUUAAGGCCAUUUAUGACGGUUGGGAUAAAGUAAAUGAAGAAGGCGCCAUUCGAGAAGUUGGAAAAGUAAAGCUCAUCAUUCCCAAUGGAAGUUUCAUUCCCACUCUUUCUAGGAAGUUGUUACUCCAUGAUUACAAUGGUACCAAAAACACUGGCUUGGGUAAAAGGUUUGGAUCAAACUCCACUUCGGGUCAGGGUUCGGGUUUAGGGUCAAAGUCAACGAAUAGAAUGGAUGAGGGAGCAUGCGGAUGCACGGACGACGAUAUAGAAGUUGACCAGCAACAAACUAAGCCGAUGCCCAAUGGCAUUCCAACCUACACGGUGGUGAUAAAUAACCUCUGUGACGACGAAAGCUGCAGCAUUUCGAACAUCCACCUCCACUGCGGCUGGUUCAGCUCCGCCCGGCUCAUCGACCCGUCCGUCUUCCGCCGUGUCGGAUACGAUGAUUGCCUCCUCAACGACGGCGCGCCACUCCCCUCCGGAGGUUGGAUCUCUUUCAUGUAUGCUAAUACUUAUCCCUACCCACUCGAGGUGGCAUCUGCGUCAUGUUAGCUAGCCUUUCAAGUAGAGUAGCGGACUAACCGGACUUUAAGUAUGUUUUUGACCAUGUAUAAUGCAUGACUUAUUAUAAGUACACUUUCGAAUUUUCUAUGCACUAAAAGUGUAGUCGAUCAGAUCAUAUUCAUAUUGUUUUGACAUUGGGGAAUUUGAUUUUGCGCCCUUUUUUGAUUGACUUUGGACUUUUCAUCAUUUUCAA